UUUCAAAGAUGAUAUUUCAAUCAUAUUUUAAUAAUUAAUAGUUCUUAAUUAUCAUGAUGUUGAAGAAAAUAGUCACUCGAAAAGUGUUGUCCAUUAGAAAUCAUCAAGAAUAUCCAAAUGACACCCAACAAAAUGCUAACCAAGCCAUUACACUACUUGGUCUAGGUAUAAAUACCAUUCUGAAUUCUGAAAAGCGAAAAACUUCUCUUCAAGAAUUAUAUGUUAUUGUUGAAAACCUUCAUGAUACUCACCGUCCUGAGUUAUAUGAAAAACUAAAUGAUCUUUUGGAAGAUACACUACAGCAGAAAUUAGAAUCCCUAAUACAAAAUACUGACGAUUUGUUAGAAUCUUUGAAUUCUCGUUGGACCAAAUUUGGUGAGCAUGUUACUGUAAUCAAAAAUAUUUUCCUGAACUGUGACCGAUCAACGAAAAAUAAUUGUACCAACUACAAUACUGUUCAUCAUUUGAGUAUACAUUUAUUCAAAACAAUUAUUAUUCUGAACCCCACCAUAAAAGAUAAUUUGACUAUCCACUUAGUGAAUAUGAUUCAGUCCCGUAGAAAAGGUGAUAAAGUUGAUAUGAAACUACAUGAGUCAAUACUAGACAUGUUAACAGAUAUGGAAGUUUAUAAUGAAAUAUUCCAUAAUCAAUUUAUAAGACUUUCCAAUAUAUUUUUUAGCGAUGAAGGUAAUAUUCUUAUAGAUAUGAUAGAUAUAAGGGCAUUCUUGAGACAUGUACAAGCAAGAAUCAAGUUAGAGGAAGAAAUAUCCAGCAAUUAUUCAAAUUUGCAUACAUCAAGAGCAGUUUUGGAAGCAGUGUGCAAACAAUUAAUCAAGGAACACAUGAUUGAUAUUGUAGACAAGACUUUUGAUUAUUUGAGGAAAGGGAAAAUUAGGAAUGAACUAUGUAUUUUGUUUGAUUUGGUUAAAAAGGUUCCACUUGGUUUGAAAACACUAUCAGACUACUUUGUAGAAUAUAUUAUAGAAAAAGGAACUUCAAUAGUUAGCAACACAGGAAACGAUAAAACUAUGAUACAAGAAAUAUUGGAUUUCAAAGAUCAAUUGGAACAAAUUGUUAAAAUUAGCUUCAGAGGCAAUGAAUCUUUCAAGGCUAUUAUAAGAAACUGUUUCAUCAAGUUCAUUAAUAGUAAACAAAAUCAACCUGCCCUACUUCUGGCUAAAUAUGUUGAUAUAAAUCUUAGAUCAAAAGAUUUGUUAGAGGAUGAUUUGGAAACCAUUCUUGAUAAAGUAAUGGUUUUGUUCCGGUAUAUCCAAGGAAAGGACAUUUUUGAAGCCUUUUAUAAGAAAGACUUAGCCAAACGUCUCUUAUUAUGCAAAUCAACCAGUCAAGAUGCAGAAGACAGCAUGAUAGGAAGACUCAAAUUAGAAUGUGGAGCUGCAUUUACAUCGAAAAUCGAGGGCAUGUUCAAAGACAUAAAUAUAAGUCAAGGAAUCAAUAAUGCUUUCAAACAGUAUUUAAACUAUGCUUCUCAGAUAUCAUCGGAUUUGUGCAUAAACAUACUGACAAGUAGUUUUUGGCCAAGUUACCCUAGUUGCAAAGUGAAUCUACCCUCUGAACUGGUUAAUUAUCAAAUAACGUUUCAGAAAUUUUAUUUCAUGAAACAUAGUGGGAGGAAGCUAGUUUGGCAACCAAACCUAGGACACUGCAUUGUCAAGGCAGUUUUUGAAAGUGGGAAUAAAGAAUUGCAUGUUUCACUUUAUCAAACGAUUGUACUUUUGUUGUUCAAUGAUUCGGAAACAAUGAAUUUUUCCGAGAUCCUAGAACUCACCAAUAUGGAGACUGAAGAAUUGAAACGCACGUUAAUAUCUUUAGCUUGUUCAAAAACAAGAGUUUUGGUAAAAAAACUGAAAAGUAGAGAUAUUGAUACUGAUGAUGUGUUUUCAAUCAACCACAAGUUCAGUGACAGGCUAUUUCGGGUGAAAAUUAAUCAAAUUCAGCUGAAAGAAACAAUUGAAGAGGAACAUGCUACUGAAAAAAGUGUCUUAGCUGAUCGACAGUUUCAGGUGGAUGCAGCAAUAGUGAGGAUAAUGAAAAAUAAAAAGCAAAUCAACCACAAUGAGCUGAUUUUAGAACUAUUUAAUAAUUUAGAUAUUCCUGUGAAACCAUACGAUAUAAAAAAGAGAAUAGAACUGCUGAUUGAACGAGAAUAUAUGGAGAGAGAUAAGGAUGAUCCCAGCAAUUAUACUUAUAUUGCAUAACUUUUUUGAGAAUCUGUAGUUGAAUUUGUUCUUUGUUGUCCUUUUUGUUAUAAAGCAAUACAGGGAAAUAUCUGCCUUUUCAUUCAACCUAGAACUGUGACAAGACAAAACGUCUAUAGCUUUGUCAUUGUCGUUCUAGAUGAUAACCUAGUUAGGUCGUUAGUAGUUAUAGUAUGCGCCACUUGACAGGCAGGUAUAUUUAGAUCUUUGAUUGAUAUAUUACGCUUACGCUGGGAAGAUGCCUAACUUUAUGGGACAAAACGAGGUUCAAAAAAAUCUCACAACUAGAUGGCGAAGCAUAAUUCGAAAUCUCACAUAGUGGCGGCGAUAGUGUCGAGCGAUGUCCGAGCAAUACUUCGUAAUUUGACUGGCAGGUGCGCCACUUGCGAAG